AUGUCAUUACUCCGCCAUCCACUCUAUGACGAUUUGCUACAAAUGCUGUUUCUCUACCUCUGCCCAUAUCAACUAGCCAGCAUCCAACUCGUAAACAAACACUGGUUUACCAUUUGUCGUGAUGAAAAUUUUGCAAGGGACUAUUUACAUCAUUUCUUCCAAUUAAACAAUGAUGCGAAGGAAAGGCUGAGAAUUUUGUUGAGUUUAGGCUUUGAGUUUAAUACUAGCACUGACAGGAGCAACAUUAGAGGACCUUCUCUUGUGAAUAAUUUGAAAAGUCAUGUUGAAUUAUUGAACUUACUCAUCAAGGUUUAUAAAACACCUGGUGAACGAGGAAAAUAUUCUAAAAUUGGGGACAUAUUCGCUUCUUUUAAUAGUAGAAAGAAGAAUAAUGUGAAAUACUUGAAGGAGAUGGUAAGGAAAGUCAAUGAGGCAAAUGAAAUGAAAUAUUUAUUGCAAGAUUUUGAAAGUGUCAAAUUUAUGGAUAUAUGUGACAUUGAAUUCAAAAUAAUUAAUGCCCACUGUUGGGUUUAUUUACUCUCACAAGAUCUGAAAGAAACUGAAUGCAUUAUCUUUUCCUAUUGUGGAUUUCCUGUAGUUCUUAAAUUUUCACUAACGGAUAAAGGUUAUGUGCUAAUCAACAAUUUAAAAUACCAUAUGAAUAGAAAUGAUCAUGCAAUUGGGAGUAAUUUCUACAAGAACAAUUCAAAGUAUAUUGUGAGUAACAUGCAGAGUGUAUUUGAUAUUGGUUAUGAGCCAGUUGGAUAUGAUGGAAUCGAUGAGUCGUUUCAUCAUUUUGAAUUAUUGGAUACUAUCUAUAGACAAUUAUUCUUAAAAGUGGGGCAGAUUGUAGGUUGUCAAAAAGAGGAGCAUGAUGACGAUAACGAUGAAUUGUGGGAUAGUAAUGAGCUAGAGGAAUAUGCGACUUAUCAAUAUGGAAAGAAUGCAGUUUCGUCAUUUAGUGUUAAACCUCCACCAAAGACAAAGAGAAAAGCAACUUUUGUAAAUUAUUAA